AAACCCUGAGUCAGCACCUGGAAUACCUUGGGCUCUGUGGAAAUGAUGCAGAAGCUGAAGAUCAGAUCCUUGAAAGUCUGAAUGGGAUUCUCCUGGCUCUUACUGAAGAUAAGCAGAGAUCCUUCAGCCUACUCAGAGAGAGUGGGAUCUUCCUAACUUUGGCAAAAAUCCUGAGGGGCAAUCCACGAUGUGCAGUGAAAGCAGCCCAGGUGCUUUCAGAGAUAGUCAAGAAUGAGGAAAUGAAGAAACCAUGUAUUGAAGCAGAUUUGGUUUUAACUUUGAUACCUUUUCUGGAGAGCACAGACCAAGAAAUGUUGCUUCAUGCUGGGAGGGCUAUCGGCCGUAUUUGUUACGAUAAUCGUGAUCUUCAGGAAGAGCUGGUGAAGGUAGGAGUAAUCACAUCACUAGUCCGAAUAUUAACCGAUCAUGCAGAGAGUGAACCACUCGUCCAUGUUGAUCUAUUGGCCUUAUGCAAUCUUGCAGACCUUGAUACAGCCAGGGAAGCUCUAAGCAAGACAAAGGUUGCUGAACAGCUGGUGAAACAACUGAGAAGAGCAGAGAACCACGAGAGGUUGGAAAUUGUCUUUGAGGUCCUGCAAGCACUUGCAGAAAAUGAUGCCCUGAAAGUGCAGUUGGUGGAGGCAGGUGUGCAAGAGGUGCUGUCUGAGAUCCUGCUGAGGCUCCAGGGCAGUUCACAAGCUGAAGACACAUGCAUUGUGAAGGCUGCAUCAGAUCUCAUUGUCUCUCUGCUUCUUGGUGAUAAGUACAUGCAGAAUUAUUUUGCUAAGGCAUGUGGCAUCAUCUCCCAGAAUGUUGGUACUUGCAUCACAUCCAAACACACGCAGCUAGAGACAGGAGCAACAGCGAUUGCUAAUUUUACAAUAAAUGAUGGCAACUGUGAACGAAUGGUACAGCUGGGAGUCAUACAUCAGCUUCUAGACCUUCUGGAGAAACACGUGGAGAGUGGGGACAUCUCUGUUCAACAUGCUGCACUCAGUGCACUUCGAAACCUUGCCAUACCAGUUGUUAACAAGGUCCAAAUGCUGGAGGAAGGUGUCGCAGAAAGGAUUCAGGCGCUUCUACGGUCAGAGAUGCCUCCUGUGCAGUUUAAACUUCUUGGAACACUACGAAUGUUAGCAGACGGCCAAGCUGAUGCGGCUGAAAUCUUGGGCCAAGACCCCAUGCUGCUCAACAGGCUUGUGCAGUGGUGCAAUGCUAACGACCACACCGGCGUUCACAGAGAAGCAAAUCGGCUGCUGGCAUCGAUCUUGCGUCACAACAGAUCCCAAGAAGUUGUCAAAGCCAUCCAGGAAGCACAAGGAGUGAAGCAUCUGGUUUCCAUGACAAGCAGCGAACAUGUUGCCAUGCAGAAUGAGGCUCUGAAUGCCUUGGCAAUAGCAUCUGCUAUCGAUUUAGAAACCCUUGAAGAAUGUUUUAAGGAAUCACAGCUAGUUCAAAGCUUACACAAACUUCUACAAGAUGAUAAUACAAGUCCCGAGGUGAAAUAUAAUUCAAUGGGUCUUUUGUGCAGUCUUCUUAAUUCAGGUGAUCUGAGACAAGAAAUAGAAGCGGACAAGAUUAAAGAAACCCUCGAACAACUCUGCAGUCACAGCAAUGCAAAUGUGGUCAAGGAAGCUGUCACUACACUACAGGUUUUGAGAGGAAAGACCCCCCAGUAGCCUCCAUUCUUCCCCUUAGCAACCCUGCGCUGCUGCUGAGGCAAAUGCAAUAAAGCACCAGCUUUGCCA